CGCCCCCCGCGUUGGGGCCUUGACCCGGGAGUCGCUGUUGGCCAUCAUCUUUCCCCUCCUUCGUUCACCCUCUAUUUAUAGCGGCCCCCAGCAUUUCCAUCCCCCCCUUGCUUGUUGUCCAACUUCUCACAGAGCAGCCGGAGAGCAGGCGGCGGGACUCGGCUGAGAAGACCCCAGAGUCAGGACUAAUAAGAACCCUGACCUCCAGUCUCACCGCACCCGACCAAUAGGAGCUCAGUAAAUUGACCCCACCCACCCCAAGCGACAGGCUUCUUUCUAUACAGGCCACCAUGGCAGAGCUGCAGGAGGUUCAGAUCACCGAGGAAAAGCCACUGUUGCCAGGACAGACGCCUGAAACUGCCAAGGAGGCCGAGUUAGCUGCCCGAAUCCUCCUGGACCAGGGACAGACUCACUCUGUGGAGACACCUUAUGGCUCUGUGACCUUUACCGUGUAUGGCACCCCCAAACCCAAACGCCCAGCGAUAUUCACCUACCAUGAUGUAGGACUCAACUAUAAAUCUUGCUUCCAGCCACUGUUUCAGUUCGGGGAUAUGCAAGAAAUCAUCCAGAACUUCGUGCGGGUUCACGUGGAUGCUCCUGGGAUGGAAGAGGGGGCUCCUGUGUUCCCUUUGGGGUACCAGUACCCAUCUCUGGACCAGCUGGCAGACAUGAUUCCUUGCAUCCUGCAGUACUUAAAUUUCUCUACAAUAAUUGGAGUUGGUGUUGGAGCUGGAGCCUACAUUCUGUCACGAUAUGCUCUGACCCACCCGGACACAGUGGAAGGUCUUGUUCUCAUCAACAUUGAUCCCAAUGCCAAGGGUUGGAUGGAUUGGGCAGCCCACAAGUUAACAGGCCUUACCUCUUCCAUUCCGGAGAUGAUUCUUGGACAUCUUUUCAGCCAGGAAGAGCUUUCUGGAAAUUCUGAAUUGAUACAAAAGUAUAGAAAUAUCAUCACACAUGCCCCGAACCUGGAGAACAUUGAACUGUAUUGGAACAGUUACAACAACCGCCGAGACCUGAACUUUGAGCGAGGUGGUGAGAUGACCCUCAAGUGCCCUGUGAUGCUGGUGGUAGGAGACCAAGCACCUCAUGAAGAUGCUGUGGUGGAAUGUAACUCAAAACUGGAUCCCACACAGACCUCCUUCCUCAAGAUGGCUGAUUCUGGAGGUCAGCCGCAGCUGACUCAGCCAGGCAAGCUGACUGAGGCCUUCAAGUACUUCCUGCAAGGCAUGGGCUACAUGGCCUCAUCCUGCAUGACUCGCCUAUCUCGGUCUCGUACGGCAUCUCUGACCAGUGCAGCCUCCAUCGAUGGCAGUCGGUCCCGCUCCCGCACCCUGUCACAGAGUAGCGAGUCUGGGACUCUCCCUUCUGGACCCCCGGGGCACACCAUGGAAGUCUCCUGUUGAAUGACCCUCAUUGCCCUGGUGUGGAACCCAGCCCCAUCUCCUGAAGCACUAACCUGAGAGGUGUAUUGGGCCAGAGUAAGCAAGGAAAACGGGCAGAUCAUGCAGGGAGAUGACCUUGAUCUUUAAUUGCUACCCUAACCUUGACCUUUAACCUGUGACUUCCUCUAGCUCCUAGGAGAGAUGCCCUAAUAUCUCUUAGAGAUCCAGGCCUCCUAAAUUAUCCCCUCUCCCAUUUUGGUGUUGAGAAGUCUUGUGUCUUCUCUCCCUGACCUAGGUGUCUGUAGGUGAGGAAUAAGAAGCUGUUAUAGCUGCCAUGGGGCCUUCGUCACUCCCUCUCCUUAUCCCAUAUUUGCAAGGGUAGGAGAGUUGGGGGUGUGUGUGUGUGUGUGUGUGUGUGUGUGUGUGUGUGUGUGUGCGCGCGCGUGCGUGCGCGCGCGCGCGCACACACGCACACGCAUGCUUGAAUGCGUGUAUAGGUAGGGGUGGGAGAUGGGAGCUCCAUUCCCCCAAAGGUGACAGUGGCUUUGCCUUGACUUUUCAAGCCUCUGAAGGCAUUGGGCCUAAAUGAAUGUGUAUUUGGGAGGCUUGCUGGUGGGUCAGUGAUCCUUAAACUGUGACAGAAAUAUCCAGCAUGUAAAAAAUAAAGUUAGAAUGGGAAAUGGUGGGCAGUGAAUCAGAACAACGGUAGAAGGAUUGGAGCUGGGGCAGUAGAGUGGGGCCUGGGCCAUUUGACUGCACUAACUUUGGUAGCUAUCAGUGUAUGCCUAGAGUGGGACUGGGGGAGAGAGCUUAGGUCAGACUGCUUGGGCUUGGCAUAAGGGUGGGAAGGGCUACCUCGGGCUCUGACCAUACUGUUAUGUGUAGAGCGUGACCUCCUGUCUCUCACUUCUGCUGUGACAAUAAACUAUAGAGGAAACUGAGCACCAUUA